GCCACUCCCAGCUUACGGAGAGAAACCUUUAAGGAGUUAGCAUUCAAUUAUCCUCAGGCUGUCUUGAAGUGCCUUGAGCCUGUGUCCUGAGUUAUCUGAAACCUUGCAGAUCUAUUGGCACCAAGUUCCAUCGUGACUGCCAUGGAUAAUUCUAGUGCCACUUCCGAUUAUCAGGAAAGUGUAACGCUCCGUUUUGAGUGGGUAAUUCGCAACGUCAAAGCGAUUUACGAAUCAAGUAAAGGGGAAUCGAAGUCCAAUGUUAUGAAGUCCGCCAAGUUCGGAAGAAGACGUUGGCAGGUGUUGUUCUACGCCAAUUCUGGCUCGGUCAGUGCCGAAGGGCAUACGUACAUAAGUUUAUACCUGUCUUGUGAGCCUACAGCCGAAGAACUUGAAGAUGCGGUUGACAGCAAAUGGGUUCGUGAUGGCGCCUACAACUUCGGAUUCGAGCUGCGAAACUUGCGAAAGACUGUCCUGAUCAGUGAUAAAGAGGCCCAUGACCACUCGUUCACUCAUCAGACCCAGAACUGGGGAUGGGCCCAAUUUGCUCGCAGGAACGAUGUCUUCAAUCAACCAUCAGUAAAGCAGCACGAUACUGUUCUUGUGAUAUGCUCUAUCACUACUACUCCAACGUCUCCAACGCCUCCUCCAGCUAUACCCCGUCGUCUCGUGCCACGGGACCUGAUCGAUGUGAUGGGUGGUCUGCUCGAUGACCCUAUCUACUCUGACGUUGAGUUCAUCCUACCAAGGAGAGGUAGGAGCAGAAUAGAUGCGAAGAAGAUAUAUGCUUCCCGGAAACUGCUCACGAGGGUAGAAUAUUUCGCCACAAUGUUCCAGUCCGGCUUCUCAGAGGGCUUAUUAACCAAUGCCUCCAGUCAGCUCUUCGACGUGGAUUCUUCAGGAGACACCACCUCUCUUAUUCGGCGAUUUGACGACUCGGAUGAGGAGGAAGACGAAGAUGAUUUACCAACGAAAACUCCAACCGAAGCAUCAUCCGAGACCAUCGGAAUUACCCCUUCUACGGAGAGGCGACAAAUUUCUGUGGACAGUACAAGUACAAGAACGGAUGCAUCCCGGACAUCGGUAAGAGAUGCUGCGGGGCAGCUUCACAGCGUAGACAGUGACGCAAUCCAUGCGCGUAACGUGCGAGCCAAGCUGUCUCAUCCAUCGUCUCCUAGGAGCGAGGCCCAUCCGCUCGAGCAGCAGGAUCCCGAUAGCAACACGAUCGAGACCUCCCGCGAGGACCCUUUCGUAUUCGGACCGAACAGAAUCCGUAUCGUAGUUGAAGAUGUCGCUUAUACUACCUACCGUGCGGUGCUCUACUACAUCUACACUGACAAAAUCGUUUUCGCACCCCUCUCCUCCUCAUUCAUUCUUUCUGCUGCUACCAGUGCGAACAAUUCACCGGUGGCAUCUAGCUCGUCCAGCCAAGCGAACGUUAUAUUUAGCCAGCCUCCAAGCAACCAGCAGUCGGAAAGUUCCGCAGCAGGGUUGACGAGCGUCUCAAAGUCGCGCAGGGAGUGGAUCACACAAUGGGAGAGGAAAAACGGUUCAGGACGUCCGUGUCCUUGUUCUGCGAAGUCUGUGUACAGGCUGGCAGACAGGCUUGACUUGCAGGAGCUCAAGCAGCGAGCUCGCGAUUACAUCGUCAAGUCGCUGACUGUAGACAAUGUCGCGUAUGAGGUCUUCUCGACGUUCUCCGCGGCGUUCGAAGAAAUUCGCAAGGUCGAAGUUCGUUUCUUCCUAGAUCACUGGAAAGAGAUCCGUGAGUCGGAUUCGAUGCGCAACGUGUGGCAGCAGAUCAGGCUCGGAAGGCAUCCCGGCUUCGAAGAAGUCUGGCCCGUCAUCGCAGUGAACCUUGAGUACAAAGCCCGACCGGGAGAGACAGCCAGCGGAAGUGGGAAGGGUGGUGCUUCGGGCGGAAACAUUGGGUGUUAAUCAUCUUGCCCUCUCGUACCACGGUUGUUGAUGAGACGAAUGAUACGUACGUACGCGGCGUGGCAUGCAAGUUAAUGAAUAAACUUGAAUCAGCAUUUCA